UUGACAUUCACCAGUGAUUGGUCAGUACGUGAUUGACAGUUUCUGGAAGGAUUUUGAGUGCGCAGCCAGGCCUCGUUCUUCCUUUGGUGGCCUUGCCUUCUCAAAAUGGGCGGCCAGGUAUCUCGUACCGACUUUGAAUGGUCUUAUACCGAAGAGCCUCAUGCCAGUAGACGAAAAGAAAUACUCGCAAAAUACCCAGAGAUCAAGAAGCUGAUGGGAUUCGACCCUAACUUCAARUACCAAGUUCUUUUUCUUGUGGUGCUACAGUUCUGUAUAGCAUACAUUGUCAAGGACUUCUCAUGGCCAUUGUUGUUUGUUGUUGCGUAURUCAUUGGUGGUGUGAUAAACCAUGCCCUUCUUYUAGCAAUCCAUGAGAUUUCUCAUAACCUUGCAUUUGGUCAUGCCAAGCCUCUGCACAACAGAUUGUUUGGCUUUUUUGCAAACUUACCUAUUGGCGUCCCUUGUUCUAUCUCCUUUAAGAAAUGGCAUCUUGAACAUCACCGCUAUCAAGGAGACGAGGAACUUGAUGUUGAUUUGCCAACAGAAUUUGAAGCAAGGAUGUUCUUCAACUCUGUCACAAAGCUUCUAUGGGUGAUCUUUCAGCCAUUUUUCUAUUCAUUCCGCCCAAUGUUUGUCAACCCAAAGAAACCAUCAGCUUUAGAAAUCAUAAACUUAACACUACAGUUCUCUGUUGAUGCAUUUCUUCUAUAUUACUUUGGAGGCAAGUUCCURGUUUACCUGGUUGCUUCAUCUCUUCUUGGUAUGGGACUUCACCCUGUAGCUGGGCACUUUAUAGCUGAACAUUAUAUGUUUGUAGAAGGGCAAGAAACCUUCUCCUACUAUGGGCCUCUGAACUGGGUAACCUUUAAUGUUGGCUACCAUAAUGAGCACCAUGAUUUCCCAAGUGUCCCUGGCUCAAGACUUCCCCUYGUUAAGAAGAUCGCUUCAGAGUACUAUGACACCUUGCCACACCAUAAUUCCUGGACCAAGGUUAUUUAUGAGUUCAUUACUGAUCCUCGUAUUGGUCCAUUUGCUAGAGUAAAGCGUAAGCCAAAAAGCCAAGCUAUGGCAGAGAAUGAGAGCAAAGAAAAAGAUCAGUGAUUUCAAAACUCACCUUGAAAAACACYGUUUUGGUUUGUCAGUAAACUUACCACUGGGACUUGUCAGAAGUUAUUGUGAAACAAUUUUAUUUCUCUUGAAAAGAUGAUAUAAAAUGAGAUAUUAUUAAGAAAACAAAAUGACAUUAUUAUUAGCCAUUUAUAUUUCUUGAUAAAUAUUUUAUUUAAUAUAUUCUUGGUGAAAAUGAUACAAAGAAGUGACACUUAUUGAAACUAUUAAUGUAUAUUAGAAUCAUAUUCUAUUAGUGCAAUACCAAAAAUAAAUCGYUGUUUUAGGUAUUUUUUAUUUAGGUUCUUGAAAUAAAUUUGUUUUAAUUACAGUU